AUCUUCUGCUAAGUCACUUCCACAUCAUUCCAAAUAUCAUUAUUUCUAAUCUUAUCUCAAUAUUAUAUUAAAUUUCUAUUAUUCUGUAAAAAAAAAAAAGAUUUUUCGAACCCAGAAUAAUCCGAAACCGCUACAAUCUAUGCCACAAACUUUUUCGUUAGAACCGUGGAUAAACCUUAGAAUCUUAGGAUAACUCGCAGUCAUUAGAACCGUAGGAUAAACUGCAAUCGCUACAGCUCCUGCCACAACCUUAUGUUCUUUUUAGAACUCCAGGAUAAUCCUUCGAGUCCCAGGAUAACUCAGAAUCGCUAAAACUCCACCCUUGAAAUCAUUAGAUAACUCACGAUCGCUAGAGCCCCAGGAUAACCCUUAGUAUUAAUGACGCUACAACCCACAACCUCUGCACAAAGUAAACACCACUGAGAAGAUAUUGAGAGAAAUCAAACCCAAAUUAUCAGUGUAAAUAAUCAUCCUCCAAACCAACUGAGCCAUCCCGAACGACAAGCUUAGAAAAGGACAAACAUUACUAAAUUAAGAAUCACAUGGUUUGGUUAUAGAAAAAGACAAAAACACUUGACUUUUUCUCUUCUAUCUAAAGUACAGUCCAACCACAACAAAUGUCAUCCUCUAUCUAAUCUUCCUAUUACACUCAUUUCUAUAAUCAUUGUCAUCUUCCUCAAUCUUUCUCUCAUUCAAUACCAAAGUACCAAGAAACUACAAACAAACAAAAAAAAAAAGAAAAAAAAAAUCAAUAAAAGCCGAAAGUAUAUAUAUUGAUUCUUGAUUUGCAAUGGAGAAAUCUGGUUAUGGCAAUGAUGGGAUAUACAGAUCUCUUAGACCACCUUUCUAUUACCCAAAACAUCAAAAUUUAUCAAUGAUAUCUUUUUUAUUCAGGAAUGUUUCAUCUUAUCCUGAUAAACCAGCACUUAUUGAUGCUGAUAAUGGUGAGACUUUGACUUUUUCUCAGUUCAGAUCUUCUGUAUCAAGAAUAUGUCAUGGACUUGUUAACCAAAUGGGGAUCAAGAAAGAUGAUGUCGUCUUGAUAUUCGCUCCGAAUUCGAUACAGUUCCCUUUGUGUUUCUUUGGUGUUAUUGGUUUAGGUGCAAUUGCUACUACUGUGAAUCCUAUGUAUACUGUUAAUGAAGUUACAAAGCAAGUGAAUGAUUGUAAACCAAAGGUUAUUAUUACUGUACCUGAAUUGUUAGAUAAGGUUUCUAAGUUUGGUUUGGACAUUUUGCUAAUAGGUAAGAAGGAAAAUUUGAAUUUGAGUGCGAAUUCACGUGUUGUAAUGUAUGAUGAGCUAGUUGGUAAAGCGGGGUACUUCGAUUUGGAUGGAACGGUGAUAAGGCAGAGUGAUACUGCUGCAUUGUUGUAUUCAUCGGGUACAACGGGGGUUAGUAAAGGCGUAGUGUUGACACAUAGGAACUUUAUAUCCGCGGGUUUAAUGGUAACUAGUGAUCAAGAAUUGGCUGGUGAAAUGCAUAAUGUGUUUUUGUGUGUGUUGCCUAUGUUUCAUGUGUUUGGUCUUGCGGUUAUUAUGUAUUCGCAGUUGCAGAGGGGUAAUGCUAUUGUGUCUAUGAGUAAAUUCGAUUUGGAAAUGGUUUUGAAGAAUGUUGACAAGUAUAGGGUGACGAAUUUGUGGAUUGUACCUCCGGUUGUUUUAGCGUUGGCUAAGAAUCCGGUGGUGAAGAAGUAUAAUCUAACGUCUUUGAAACAAAUUGGAUCCGGUGCUGCACCUUUAGGGAAGGAGUUGAUGGAGGAAUGCGCUAAGAACCUCCCUCAGACUGUUGUUAUGCAGGGAUAUGGUAUGACAGAAACCUGCGGGAUUGUUUCAGUGGAGAAUCAAUUUGCAGGUCCCAGACACACAGGAUCAGCGGGGACUCUAGUUCCGGGAGUUGAAGCUCAAAUAGUUAGCGUUGAUAAACCGAAGCCUCUUCCUCCUGGAAAGUUAGGGGAAAUAUGGGUGCGCGGUCCCAACAUGAUGAAAGGUUAUUUCAACAAUCCUCAGGCCACAAAGCUCACUAUAGAUAAUCAGGGCUGGGUUCAUACAGGAGAUCUUGGGUACUUUAAUGAGGAAGGAAUGCUUUAUGUCGUCGACAGGAUCAAAGAGCUCAUUAAGUACAAAGGUUUUCAGGUCGCACCAGCCGAGCUUGAAGGUCUACUUGUUUCUCAUCCUGAAAUAUUAGAUGCUGUUGUUAUCCCGUUUCCUGACGCUGAGGCUGGUGAGGUUCCAGUUGCAUAUGUUGUUCGCUCGCCUAAUAGCUCUCUCACUGAAGUAGAUGUUCAGAAGUUCAUCGCGGAUCAGGUUGCGCCUUUCAAAAGAUUGAAGAAGGUGACAUUCAUAAACAGUGUUCCAAAGUCGGUCUCCGGGAAGAUCUUAAGAAGAGAACUGAUCGAGAAGGUUCGUUCAAAACUCUAAGAUUUGUAUCCGGUACCUGUGCUGGUGAGAGCUAGCAAGUACCUACGAACUUAGUCGAGGUGCACACAGACUGGACCGAACGCCACAAUCAUAAAAAAGAACAAUAAGAUUUGCAUAGUUUGCUUAGUGAAUGUUAAAUGCACAUCCAUCUACUGCAUUAUUAUAACAGAAUUGUAUCAACAAUGUGAAAUUACAAGUGGCUUGCAUAAUAAAAGACUGUCCUGAGCCGAGGGUCUAUCGGAAA